AUGGAGCAGCACCAUGGUGGCGGGGUGCAGGGGCUGGGCAAAGCAGGCAAGCUGCUGCAACCCCACGAGCGGGCGAUGGUGGAAAGUGGAGAGCUGCGCAACGUGACGCACCACGGCGCGUCGGCCAUUUGGCUGGAGGCGGCUUCGAAGGCGCCCGGCCCCGGUCGCACGCUCGUCUACCGACCGAUGGGCGAUCUCGAGGCUCUUCAUGUGGUUGCCCACAACCAGCUGCCCUCCACGCAGCCCUACCAGGCCAUAAUCGAGGGCGAGGCUGGGCGGACCUACGCCGAAAAGUACCUCGCCGGUAAGAAGUGGGUCGACACGGCCCCCACCACGGUCAUGGAAUUCGAUUGCCCGGCGCAAUUGAUCGAAGCCCUGUUCGCCAUCCAGCACAAACCCGAAGACGGUGCCAUGUCGAUGGGCCUGGGUCACAAGGCUGGUGGCGGUCUGCCACUCUUCAACCAGAGCCUCGCGGACGGGUCCACAACAUGGCGCGUGGU